CUUCUCAAACCCUUUCAUUAGUUCCUCAAUUAUCGUAAUCACCAAUGGCUACCAGCUCGUUUCCUUCAUCCUUGUUCUUGUUAUGUUCUCUUCUCUCCGCUUCAUUGGUUCUCUCCGAAGUUCACCACCAUGAUUUUGUCAUCCAAGAGACGCCAGUGAAGAGGCUGUGCAAAACCCAAAACGUGAUCACCGUCAAUGGAAUGUUUCCGGGUCCAACCCUCGAAGUUAACAAUGGCGACACACUUGUGGUCAAAGUGGUCAACCGAGCCCAACACAAUGUCACCAUCCAUUGGCACGGGGUGAGGCAGAUGCGAACGGGAUGGGCCGAUGGGCCGGAGUUCGUGACCCAAUGCCCAAUACGGCCCGGUAACAGCUACACCUACCGUUUCACCAUCCAAGGCCAAGAGGGCACUUUGUGGUGGCACGCCCAUAGCUCCUGGCUCCGAGCCACCGUCUACGGUGCCCUCCUCAUCCACCCACCUCCUGCCUCUUCCUAUCCUUUCCCUAAACCGGAUCGCCAAACCACCCUCCUCCUCGGCGAGUGGUGGAAUGCAAACCCGAUUGAUGUUCUGAAAGAAGCGAUCCGAACCGGAGCUGCUCCCAAUGUGUCCGAUGCUUAUACCGUUAAUGGCCAACCCGGUGAUCUUUACAAUUGCUCUAACCAAGAUACGAUUGUGGUUCCAACCGGUUCAGGAGAAACAUCACUCAUAAGGGUCAUCAACUCGGCCAUGAACCAGCCGCUUUUCUUCACGGUGGCUAACCAUAAGCUCACGGUGGUUGGAGCCGACGCAUCUUACCUCAAACCGUUCAGCACAAAUGUCAUAAUGCUCGGUCCUGGUCAGACAACCGACGUCCUCUUAACCGCCGACCAGCCUCCUAACCGUUAUUACAUGGCGGCCAGGGCUUACCAAAGCGCUCAAAACGCACCGUUUGAUAACACCACCACCACGGCUAUUCUCCAAUACAAGUCAUCUCCUUGUUGUUCGAAUGGGACAGCGAAAGGUAUAAAAAAAACACCGCCCAUCAUGCCGUUUUUGCCUGCUUUCAACGACACGAACUCCGUCACGUCAUUCUCCGGGAAGUUCAGGUCACUACGCGACAUCGUGGUCCCGAAAGAGAUCGACGAAAGCCUCUUCUUCACCAUCGGUUUAGGCCUCGACAACUGCCCGAAAAGCUUCCCGAAAAGCCGGUGCCAGGGCCCAAACGGCACGCGGUUCACUGCCAGCAUGAACAACGUGUCGUUUGUCCUCCCGUCUAACUUCUCGCUCCUGCAGGCACAUUCAAAGGGCAUUCCCGGAGUUUUCACGACGGAUUUUCCGGCAAAACCUCCGGUGAGAUUCGAUUUCACCGGAAAUAACGUGAGCAGGUCGCUGUUUCAGCCAGUUCGUGGGACCAAACUGUACAAACUCAAGUACGGAUCGAGAGUUCAGAUUGUUCUUCAGGACACAAGCAUUGUAACACCAGAGAACCAUCCGAUUCAUCUCCAUGGCUACGAUUUCUACAUCGUGGCUGAAGGGUUCGGUAACUUUGAUCCAAAGAAAGAUACUUCCAAGUUCAAUCUCGUUGACCCUCCUCUCAGAAACACCGUGGCCGUUCCCGUUAACGGAUGGGCCGUUAUCAGAUUCGUCGCUGAUAAUCCAGGGGUUUGGUUGAUGCACUGUCACUUGGAUGUGCAUAUCAGUUGGGGUCUUGCAAUGGCGUUCUUGGUCGAUAAUGGUUCCGGAGAAUUGCAGACUCUUGAAGCUCCUCCUGAAGAUUUGCCCGUUUGUUAGUACCGUCACCAUCACCAUCACCAUCAUAAGCUCCAAGAAAUUAUUGUUACCGUUGAUUGGAAUUCAAGAUCCGACACAGAUUGUUCUUUUUUCUUUCCUUUUUUCCCCCUGUAACGAUCUUGUUGGAUCUUUAAAGAAAGUAAUUUGAGUUAUGCUUACUUA